AUGGCGACAGCCACACAUCACGUUCGUCACCCGUCGCAUCAUUCAAGGAAAUCGGUGCCAGCGCACGCACGGCCCUCGAAGCCUGGCCCUCCUUCAAAACGUGCACAUUCCCACGGUACCAAGGCCAGUUUUAAUAAAUCCCCUCAUUUCACUGAGGCGGAAGGUGAGGACGAGGACGAAUCAAUGGCCGUGAGCUUUUUGAAUUACUGCACUCUCUGCGAAAAGCAAAUCAUCGUUCCAAGUAACUCUGUGCUUUACUGCUCGGAAAGCUGCCGGAAGAAAGAUAGCGAAAAGAGCCUCACGUAUUCAUACGACAACUACUCACCACCAACAACACCAUUCGCCAACUUCUCCUUCGAAGACCUCACCUUCCGUGACAUUGUUCCCCAACGAUCACCAACUCAACCCGAGUCAAAGCGUUCAUCAUGUGCCUUCUCAGACAUAUCCUCGGACGAUAACCUAUGGUCCAGCGACGAUAGGUCGCAACGCUCAGACUCUGAAGCAUCACGUUAUCUGCGCUAUUUCCAGGCUUCACUUUCAAAUGCAGCUGAGACGGCCCGACCGUAUCGCCCUCGUUACACUCGCGCCUCCACGUCACAAGUCAGCUUCAGCGCCGCUCCGUCACUCUCCCACACACCCGCCUCUUCAGUCAGCUUCUCGUUACCGUAUACACCGGCGUAUCCACCUCCGACUUCCCGCCCGUUGCCUCCCAGGAACAACCCACACACCUCGUCUUAUAGUUCCAAGUCGAUAGACCUUGUCACGCCGUUGACGGCCACGGCGAGUGCGAAACAGUACUCACAUAAGACGCCGCCGAUAUCGAGGACCAGUACGAGUACGAUUGAGGGUGAGAUUGUCUAUGCGAAAUCACCUGUACCUUCUCUAUCAGCGGCCAACGGAAGUUUGAGCCGGUUGAUGGCUUCGACGCCCCAUUAG